CUGUAGCGACGCCAAGGCGCUGCCACACGCCGCCUCACCAGCCGCCCUCACCCCCGCCCCUGCAGACAGGUGCUCAAAGCAAACCGCAGAGCAAAGAAGCAGGGGAGGGAGACAGGAAGGAGCCGCUAUCGGAGUUCCCAGGUGUUGCUCGCCGGCAGGUGCCUAAGCCUCGUGAUCAGCACCAUGGACAGCGCCCGCGAACCAACUCAGGGGCGCUUGGACGCCGCGGGCUUCUGGCAGGUCUGGCAGCGCUUUGACCCCGACGAAAAAGGUUACAUAGAAGAGAAGGAGCUCGAUGCUUUCUUUCAUCACGUGUUGACAACACUGGGUAAUCAUGAGGCGGGCGUGGAAGAAAAUGUGCAGAGAAUGAAAGAGCAACUCAUGGCUCCCCAGGAUGUCUCUAGAGAUGGGCGCGUGCAAAUGAAAGAGCUUGCCAACAUGUUCUUGUCUGAAGAUGAAAACUUCCUUCUGCUCUUUCGUCAGGAAAGCCCCUUGGACAGCAGCGUGCAGUUUAUGCAGAUCUGGCGCAAAUACGACGCUGACAGCAGUGGCUUUAUAUCAGCUGCCGAGCUGCGUGACUUCCUCCGAGACCUCUUCCUCCACCACAAAAAGGCCAUUUCUGAGGCUAAGCUGGAAGAAUAUACUGGCACCAUGAUGAAGAUCUUUGACAAAAAUAAUGAUGGCCGGCUGGAUCUGAAUGACUUGGCAAGGAUUCUGGCUCUUCAGGAAAACUUCCUUCUCCAAUUUAAAAUGGAUGCUUGUUCCACCGAAGAAAGAAAGAGGGACUUUGAGAAAAUCUUUGCCCACUAUGAUGUUAGCAGAACGGGAGCUCUGGAAGGCCCGGAAGUGGACGGCUUUGUCAAGGACAUGAUGGAGCUCGUCCAGCCCAGCAUCAGUGGAGUGGACCUUGAUAAGUUCCGGGAGAUUCUUUUACGCCACUGCGACGUGAACAAGGACGGAAAAAUUCAGAAGUCCGAGCUGGCUUUGUGUCUUGGGCUGAAAAUCACCCCCUAAUCCCCAGAACAUUUUGCCUUUUGCUCUUACGAUGUUUCUGUGCUCCUCCUGCUAAAACUAUCUGUGCUUUGCUGUUGGGGACACAUGGGGACACUUUCUAACGAACAGUGUGGCAUUCCUGGGGGAUGGGGGACUGAGGGCCUUCUUGCUAAGUGCAUGGUGUUCUCCCACUUUACUGAAAGCUCCCCUCCCAUGCAGAAGCUGUGUCCCCCGCCCCCCCCCCGGCUUUCCCAUCCCACCCAGAGUCUGCUAGCCCACUGAAUGUACUCUGCCCGUCCUCCCUCUGGUACCAGGGAGGCAGGGAGCUGAGUCCAUCUGUCUGUGCUCCCUCGUGGGCUUUCCGCUGAGCCUGGCAUCUGUGGCAGUCCUGUGACCUCUACAAAUCAAUUUUGUCAUGGAAAUAAACCUGUAGC